ACUUUUUCAUUUUAGUCAUUCUGAAUAUGGUUUCUAGUUUUAGGGUUUCUGAACUACAAGUAUUACUAGGCUUUGCUGGACGGAAUAAAAGUGGACGCAAGCAUGACCUCCUGAUGAGGGCGCUGCAUUUGUUGAAGAGUGGCUGCAGCCCUGCGGUUCAGAUUAAAAUCCGAGAAUUGUAUAGACGCCGAUACCCACGGACUCUGGAAGGACUUUCUGAUUUAUCCACAAUCAAAUCAUCAGUUUUCAAUUUGGAUGGUAGUUCCUCACCUGUAGAGCCCGACUUGGCCGUGGCUGGAAUCCACUCGUUGCCUUCUACUUCAGUUACUCCUCACUCACCGUCAUCUCCUGUUGGUUCUGUGCUGCUUCAAGAUACUAAGCCCACAUUUGAGAUGCAGCAGCCAUCUCCUCCAAUUCCUCCUGUCCAUCCUGAUGUGCAGUUAAAAAACCUGCCCUUUUAUGAUAUCCUUGACGUUCUCAUCAAGCCCACCAGUUUAGUUCAAAGCAGUAUUCAGCGAUUUCAAGAGAAGUUUUUUAUUUUUGCUUUGACACCUCAACAAGUUAGAGAGAUAUGCAUAUCAAGGGAUUUUUUGCCAGGUGGUAGAAGAGAUUAUACAGUCCAAGUUCAACUGAGACUUUGCCUGGCAGAGACAAGUUGCCCUCAAGAAGAUAACUAUCCCAAUAGUUUGUGUAUAAAAGUAAAUGGGAAGCUGUUUCCUUUGCCUGGCUAUGCACCACCGCCUAAGAAUGGGAUUGAACAGAAGCGCCCUGGACGACCCUUGAAUAUUACAUCUUUAGUUAGGUUGUCUUCAGCUGUGCCAAAUCAGAUUUCUAUUUCUUGGGCAUCCGAAAUUGGAAAGAAUUACUCCAUGUCUGUAUAUCUUGUGCGACAGCUUACAUCAGCCAUGUUACUACAGAGAUUAAAAAUGAAAGGUAUUAGAAACCCUGAUCAUUCCAGAGCACUAAUUAAAGAAAAAUUAACUGCAGAUCCUGAUAGUGAAAUUGCUACAACUAGUCUUCGGGUAUCCUUGAUGUGCCCU